AUGGAUCACGCAUUCUCGAUAGCUUCAUUACUGGAAGUUGAAAAUCAAAAAUUCUUAAAUAAUUGUAACACUGCUAAUGACAAUAAUGAUAAUGUUGACAAUAAAGUUUAUUAUAAUGAUAAUAAUUCUUAUAAGUUUACUGAUAUACACUGUAUAAGUAAAAAUUCAAUAUUCACUUCAACAUCUACACCAGAUAUUCAAGACGUAGUAAAUAUGUAUUUACAAAGUGAGAAUCAAUUCACAAGUAGCUCAUCUUGUACAACGACCACUUCUACUCUUAAUACUUUAAUAACACCGACAACAUCGAUCAGUCCUUCUUUUCUUCAUCAUAAAUUAUAUCAGGAUAUUUAUAAUGAUUUGUCAGUUUAUGCACAACAGGUGAAUAACAGUGAUGAAAAAAUAGUGAAUGAAAACAGCCAUGAAGAAGAUUCACAUACUAUUGUUAACUAUUCACCAUUGAAAAAAUUUAAUUGGGCAUUAAAUGGACAGUACGAAAAUUCUACUAACAUAGAUAUUAAUAAUAUUCAUAGGCCAGAAUAUAUUUUAUGCAAAAAUCAAUUAACACAUUGGUUUAAUCAGGUAAAUAAAAUAAGACAUGAACAAAGUGAUAACUCUAAUGCUAACUGUAUUACUACUUCUCAGAGUAUCGCUGCAAAUAAUACUAAUCUGAAUCAAUCGUUAAUUAAAAAAUUAUCUGUAAAUGAUCCACAUUUAAAUUGUGACAUUAAAUCAGCUUACAGUAGUAAUUCAAAUAUACCCGAAACUAUUAGCACUACUAACAGUUAUAAAAGUAGUAUGAGUUCAAAAAAGAGCGAUAAAAGUGGGAAAAUUUCCAAACAUCCUAUAAAUGAAACUCAAAGUGAUAAUUCAUCCGAUAAAAAUUCAAAUGCAAAUCAAAUAUUACAAUCACAGAUUCACUGGUAUAAUUCAAAUCUGAUUAAACGUUAUUUUGAAGGUCAUGCUAUUUCUUUUGGAUUGUCAUCCAACUUUUUAAUUGGUAAAACACGUAGACCAAGAACUGCAUUCACCAGUCAACAGUUAUUGGAACUUGAACAGCAAUUUGUAACAAAUAAAUAUCUGUCAAGACCUAAACGAUUCGAAGUGGCUACAUCUCUGGGAUUAACAGAAACACAAGUGAAAAUAUGGUUUCAAAACAGACGUAUGAAAUGGAAACGUUCCCAACGAUCACGACACAGUGAAUCUGUAUCGCCAAGUUUAAAUGAAGCGAAAAAUUCUGAUGAGGUUCAUUCAGAAUGUGAAGAUUAUUACAUGUCAACAUUGUUAGACAAAGAUGAAGCAAAAGAACCCGAGAAAGCAAGCAACAACAAAUUAAUGAAACUCAAUCAGAAGUACUUAGGAUCUAGAUGA